UCCCCCAGCUCCUGCCUUCCUUCCUUCCGGCCACCAUCUUGCGCCCCUCCGCGUGUGUGCGCUCGGAUCCGCGCUCCCCGCCCUGUCCCCCGCCAGGACAGAGCCGCUUCCGCCCGGAAAGAUGAAAGAAACAAUCAUGAAUCAAGAAAAACUAGCCAAACUCCAGGCUCAAGUGCGCAUUGGGGGAAAGGGAACUGCUCGCAGAAAGAAGAAGGUUGUCCACAGAACAGCUACAGCAGAUGACAAGAAACUUCAGUUCUCCUUAAAGAAACUGGGAGUCAACAACAUCUCUGGUAUUGAAGAGGUAAACAUGUUUACCAACCAGGGAACAGUCAUCCACUUCAACAACCCUAAAGUUCAGGCAUCUCUGGCUGCUAACACUUUCACUAUCACAGGCCAUGCUGAGACAAAGCAGCUGACGGAAAUGCUUCCCAGCAUCUUAAAUCAGCUUGGAGCUGACAGUCUGACUAGCUUGAGGAGAUUGGCAGAGGCUCUACCCAAGCAACCUGUGGAUGGAAAAGCACCACUUGCUACUGGAGAGGAUGAUGAUGAUGAAGUUCCAGAUCUUGUUGAAAAUUUUGAUGAAGCUUCAAAGAAUGAGGCAAACUGAACUAAAUGUCACUUUCUGAAUAAAAUUAAAACUUGAAAAAAGCUA